GGUAUAUUUGAAUUUUUUUACACAGUUAAGUUUACCGGUCUUUCUGUUGGUUUUUGUUUAUUGUGAAGAUUUUUAGUUUUUAUGAAAAUUUGACUAGAAUUUUUGGAUGUAAUUGUGUGUUCUUUGACGUAGAUUGUCUUUUGACUAUUUUAAAUAUUAUACUAUAUUUUAGUAACAAACUAGGUUCUUCAAUUUUGUUGACAACUAAAGAACAUUUGUGUUUGAUGAAUAUAUAUAGUUGUAAAUAAGUGUCUGAACAAGUUUAAUUUAAGAUGUCAUUUUCGAGGAGAGAUUUUAGAGAUUCUUACAAGCAACGAGGAUUGUGUUUCGGUGAUAGUGACGCAAAGCGUUUUCUACGCGCGGAGCAGCUGUUAGAUGAUCGCAAAAACCGCAGAAAAAAUGCAUUUCAAAGUCACAGGCAAAUUUCAGAAGUCGACUCACCUUUAGACGAGAGUGCGAGUAAUGAAGACCCUCCCGUUUUAAAAGAAGUCCGCAGGAAUGUUAGCCGCCUCGAGGCCCUGAAGCGCUGGAAGAAGGAGAAGGAGGAUAGACAGCGGCUCCAGAAGAAACUGGACAAGCCAGUGUUCAAAGUGGGCGUGGUUAAGCACAGUGUGUACUCUCCGCUGAGCUCCUGCAACAAGGAGAACUGCAAGGCCGUGCUGUGUGGCGACUCUAAAACAAAGGUAAACAAAGAUGGUAAGCAGACAAAUGCAUCUUCCCAAUCAUCAAGAAAACCAAAUCAGUUAAGCAGCCGAAAGAAGAUACUUCCAUUGGGUGAUUCUGGCAGAGUGAAGAUUGAGAAAACAGCCGUAGCAGCUACACUCACAUCACCUCUGCAAGCUUUUGCCAAGAAAGAUAAGCUUUUUCCAACCCCCCAGCUAUCGAAGAAACCAGAUCAGUUGAGUAGUAGUUGGAAGAAGGUACUACCUAAAGUUGAUUCUGGCAAAGUGAAGAGAUUACGACCUCGUCAUGGUAAUGUCGUAGCAAUUCCUCUUGCACCUCCUCUCAUUCCUGCUGACGAAAAUGAACAACCUAUCGCUUCUACUUCACAAGCUGGGUCUUGUGUGACUGGUGUAAGGAGCCGGUCUCCAAUAUCUGAUGUGGGAGAUGAUGCAGCCGCAGCAGUUAUGACAUUUAGUGCCUCGCCUGCGAUGUCUGGCUCCACAGUUUCUACAUCACCAAAGCUGCAACUUCCAAAUGUGCUGGGUGAACCAAAGAGUUUGGAUGCUGCUGAGAAGCAUAGCGAGGAUGAACCGCAGAAAGAAUUGGAAGAAAAGGAAAAUAGAGCAGAAGAUGAAGACUAUCCAGUAAUGCACAGUCCUUACAUUACUGUUACACGAGGAAAAAGCAGAAGUGCUUCUAAAAAUAAAGUCAUUUCAGAGUGCAGCAGUCCAGGCGUGUUGAGUUCUACUCCAACUCGAUAUUUGCAGAAUCUUUCAAAUCUGUUGAGUAGCUUAGAAGACGAAGGUCAGCGAGGAAUAAAAUAUUUCAGGUUGAAGUUGAAGAUGGAAAAGGGUAAUCUACACGGCCUCUGCGACUACUGGAGUGCCGUCCGGAAGCUGAACGAGGAGAGCCUCCGGGACCACGGGGACCUGAUAGACUCGGCGGUCGGCCAGAGCAAGCUGCUCCUGACCAAGAAGAUGGCCCAGUUCGAGACACUCAUCACGGACUGCGAGAUGAAGACGGGCGACAGGCUCGUCACCGUGGACGACCUGGAGGGCUUCUGGGAAGUCAUGAACAUGCAGAUUAUUGAUGUACGCAAGAGGUUUUGUACUUUAGAAGAGCUGUAUUUAAAUGGUGGAAAGAAACGUAUUGUCAGUUCCAAAAAGAAAACCCAGAAGAAAACUUCUAAGAACAAGAAAGCAGUUGAUAAUGCCAAGCCUAAGGUAGAAACAAAGUCAUCUGUGCGUGCCCUUAUAGCUGCUGCACGUAAGAAACAAAAGGAAGAUAAUUCUGCCAAGUCAGAAUCUAAUGAAGACAUGAUUUUGUCUGAGAAUCGAUUGGAGCCGGUGCCUACCACACCCUCGCUACGAACUCCAAGAGCGAAGAGUGCGAGUUUGCAUCAGCAAGUUCUCGUGCGGGAAUCCAGGAGGAAAACAGUAACUUGGGACUCUGUGUCUGGCUCAAGCACUACUGCAAACAGAGAGGAAUCCUCUGUUUCAACUAUCACUGCCACCCCUAGAAGUGUUCUGAAGAAAAAAUCUUUGGCUAACAAACUGGAGAAGUCUGUUGAAACUGCGAAAAAAGAAGUAUCUACUGUUCACUUCCAAGAAACUGAGGGGACAGAGUCGUCACCGACAUUGGAAUACUCUGUAACGCCUUAUGUCCGAAGAAGACGCAGUUCUCGGUAUUCAAGCACCUCAAAAAAUUCAAAGGUGUUUGGUGAUUUAAUGAACAUUGAAACUCCAGUGCAAGAACCUGCAAGAGUUCGGCGUUCAAAACGACUUGCUUUGACAUUCGAGUGAAGGAUCUGCAAUAUAAUAUAAAUAGUUACUAGCAAUGAACACUAUAUAGUUUUAAUAAUAGGACUGAAUUUAAAAUAUGAUUAAUGUAGUCAAUUUUUCAUUGGUUAUUUUGUAUUUUUAAUAUUGUGUUGCAAUAAAGUUUUAAUAGUGCUUUAAAAAA